AUGUCGACCUCUUCGGGGACCCCCGAGUCCUGGAUCGCGAGCUUUUGCGCGCUGCCCGGCCACGAAUACUUUGCUGAGGUGUCCGAGGAGUUUAUCGAGGAUGACUUCAACUUGACGGGCCUGCAGACGCAGGUGGCCAUGUAUAAAGAGGCGCUCGAGAUGAUUCUCGACGUGGAACCAGAGGAUGACGAGGAUGAUGAAGAGGAGGAAGAGGACGACGACGAGAACGAAUCGGGCCUGGAGGAGGCCGACCGUGCAGACUUGCGACGCGGCGCAGAGCGGCGGCACCACAGCAGGAUGGCUAGCGACCUGUCCGUCAUCGAGUCGUCCGCCGAGAUGCUGUACGGCCUCAUCCACCAGCGCUUCAUCUGCUCCCGGGUGGGCAUCCAGCAGAUGAGCGAGAAGUACGAGUUUGGCCACUUCGGCUGCUGUCCGCGGACGCACUGCGAGCAGGCACGCACCCUGCCCGUCGGCCUGUCCGACAUUCCCGGCGAAGACACGGUCAAGCUCUUCUGCCCGUCCUGCCUCGACGUCUACGUUCCGCCCAACAGCCGGUUCCAGACCGUCGACGGCGCCUUCUUCGGCCGCACGUUCGGCGCCCUCUUCCUCCUCACAUUCCCCGAAUACGACCUCACCAAGCGCGGCGCCGACGUGCUGUCAACCACAAACUCCAAAGUGCCCGACGACGAGAGGAUCCUCAACGGCAUGUACGCCAAGAACAUUGCGCCGGGCCUGGGCAGAGGCCACAUCUACGAGCCCAAGAUAUACGGCUUCAAGGUCUCAGAACGCGCGCGGUCCGGCCCCAGGAUGCAGUGGCUGCGAGACCGGCCCGACGACAUCACCGAGCUGGACGAGGCACGCCUCUACCACGAGCAAAACCCCGAUUCGGAAGAGGAAGACGACGAGUCCAUGCAAGUCAACGGCCGAGCGCUGGUCCGACGGCGGCUCCCGGGCAAUGCUCGCCUCCGCCAGCGGCAACAACAAAAUCACAGCGGUAGCCCCAUGGCCAUGUCCGCCAACGGUGCCGAGUCUGAGCUGUAG